AUGUACUCCAACAACGUGGUGGCACUGGUUCGUGAGCAAUCCGACCUCUCAGCAUCCGAUGACCCCUCGUUGGACGGGAGGCUUCGUCGAUGUCUGAUUGGCAGGGGUCUCUACCAGGAGGUGAAGCAAGUUUUGGAGGACAAGGCAGACCCCAACUGCCAGUUGAAGUACAAGCUUGGCCCCAAAGAGUUUGAUGGGACACCGCUUACCUUAGCUGUCAAGCUCGACAAGCCCAACAUCGUUCGCCUGCUUAUGAUCCACCGAGCUGAUGCACAGUCUGUGUACUCGAUGAAAGCAGGUCGCACAGGCGUGCUGUGGAAGGGGCCUGCGGUUUGUGCCACAGUUGCCAAGGGCAACUUGUCAAUGAUGAGGUUGCUGGUGGAGUACGAGGCAAAUCUCCAGGGCCGUGUGAUCAGCUUCAACGACGAGCCAAAUGUCACCUUGUUGUAUGACGCCAGCUAUUUUGGUCAUGCUCAUUUAGUGCGGUAUCUGCUACAACAGAGGGGCAAUCCUGAUACUCCCGUGAAGUUUCAAGACGACAUGAGUAUCACCAAGACCGCACUUCAAGUGUCUGCUAGCCUAGGACACGAUGAAGUUGUCCGAGUCCUCCUCAGUGCCAAAGCCCAAAUCUCACAUGCUGUUGAUUUCGGUCCACAAGAACUGAAAGAUGCUAUCGAUGGCUGCCAUGUGGAGGUGGUGCGGCUACUUGUCGAGGGUGGUGCGGAUCUGUUUGCAGGUGAAGAGGAAAGGAGAGGGGUUGACUAUCUGUUCCAGGCGAACAACGCGGUCUUGACUGCUGCUGCCGCCAAGGGCUUGCGAGGCUGCGACGAGGAUGUCGUCGCCUGUAUCGACUUGAAAGAUUUCCUACGAUUCUUGGCCACUCCCGAUGCUGAAGAAAUCCUCAGCGCCAUCUUUCGGAAGUGUGAACUUCGCUAUUGGAAGAAUGAGAAGCGUGUGGCAUGGAAAACAGCUUACCUACCUCAUGGCGAUCUGAACGUUGCAGUGGGGCCGCCAAAGGGCCAUUUUGAUGAUAAGUUUCACAAGGAGAUGGAGUUGGCAGCAGGUGUUCGAUCAAGCCUUACGGAUAGGGACCACGAGCUGGAAGAGGAAUUCUUCAAGCAGCUGCUUCCCUAUCGGUUUCAAAGGUUGGAGUACACCACGCAAGUGCCCAUUGAAAUAAGUCACUGCGUUCUCCCUGGCUUACAUCGCAACCCUGAGGUGCUCUGGGUUCUAGCUUCUGGAGUGAAUGAUCGUGUCUUUGACGAGAAGGGCGCUCAUGCGAUCAUCAACUUGGCGUGGCGAGAAACAUACCGUGGCCACUUCCUGAGUUUCACUCUUGACCUGCUAGUGGCGUGCCUCUUUUGGUCUUUGGCAUUCCUCAUGAACAAGGAGUACUAUUGGCUUGAGGAGUGGAUGAUUUGGCCAUGCCUGAUUGUCGCAGCUCUGGCUUGGCUAAGAAAUGCCGUCAUAGAGAUCCUGCAGUGCCUUGGGUUCUAUGUCUACGGCAAGCUGCGUGAUUACUUUCUUUCGCUGGACACGCUUGCCGAUGCCUUCAGGAUAUUUCUGACCGGCUUCAGUUUGGCUGCCUUGGUGAUAGACUGGAAGGCCUGUGCAGAACGCCAGGACCUGCGACUCGUAUUCGCUAUAACUGGCUUUGUCUGCUGGCUCAGGGUGUUGAACACUCUCAAGGGUUUUGAGAGCACUGGGAAGCCCAUGCUCCCAAUUCUGCAAGCUAUUCCGGCAACUGUACCCUUCUUCUUCGUGGUGUUUUGUUGGUUUGCCGGAUUUCUUCACAUGUACUAUUCCUUUGGGCUAAUGAGCUGGUGGUCAUCGAUGAUGAUCAUGUGGCGUUUAGGUUUCCUGGCCGACUUCUCCAGGAAUGAAAUGAGGAAUGUGACGAUCCUUUCGCAGGGGGAGGCAGAUUGGACAUGGCCGGUGGACAUUGUGUUGGUCGCCAUGGGCGUGAGCAUGUCGAUCAUAAUGAUGAACAUCUUGAUCGGCGUGUUGGCCGAGAGCUACAAUCGAGGAUGGGAACACCGAGAGCGGUUAUUCCUUCUGGAGCGUUCACGCCUGGUACUGCAACACUUUACCAUAUACACUGGCUGGAAGCAUUGCCCAUGUGCUUGUGUUAAGCGACGAAUUCAGUGCGAAGCCAACUCCCAGCAUGUAUGGUUUGCCAAUGCGAAAGACCCCUCAACAUGGGGCGAGAUUCAAUCGCAGUAUGAUGCUGACGUCAUGAAUGUGCAUGAGAAAAUCACGGAGUUGCGGCGCGAGAUCCGUGAGAUGCACGAGAAGAUGUUGGAGAAGCAUCAGGAUCGCGCCGAAGCGCUGCAGGGCCCAGAUCCCAUCAUGUCGCGCCGGCUCGGGAACCUGGAAUCUUGUGUCCAGGGCAUGCAGGCGAAAAUGGAUGUAGUCCUCAGCAAGCUUGGCGGCUCUCGAGGAAGCUGA